AUGCGCGCUUUCGCUUACCUUGUAGGCACUGCUAUUGCUAUGGCCUCUGCCGUUUCCGCCACAGGCAUUCUCAUUCCACUCUAUAUCUGGCCCGCCGAUGACAGCACCUGGAGGCCUGUCUACAAUGCUAUCUCUUCGUACCCGGACAUCCUGUUCCAAGUCAUUGUGAACCCCGAUAGCGGCCCUGGAGGUACUACUUAUCCAGAUGAGAACCUCAUCACCGGGGUCGCGAAGUUGAACAGCUACGACAACGUUCAGGUCAUCGGCUAUGUUGCCACCGACUACGCCGAACGUGACUUUUCGGAAGUUGACAGUCAGAUCUCUACCUACAGCGGCUGGUCUGCCUAUACAACGAAGAACAUUACCGUCUCCGGCAUCUUCUUCGACGAGGCGCCAUCUACCAACGACGAUACCAAGAUAUCGUACAUGCAGGGCAUCUCAGCCACGGCCAAGUCAAGCAACCUGAACACGGUUAUCUUCAACCCCGGCACUAAGCUGGAGCCAGGGUCCGCAACUGAAUAUUUCAAGGCUGCGGAUUUGAUUGUUGAGUUUGAGAAAUCAUACUCUGCGUGGCUAUCUGCCAUCCCGGCGAAUGAAUUCUCUGCAAACGGAACCUACUACAAAGAUGCGGUCAUCCUCUACGGAGCUCCCCUGAAAGCAAAUUACGAUGAUGUUAUCCACGAAGCGCAGACCAUGGGGCUAGGUGCUGCUUACUUGACAGAAUCUGAUGAUUACAUGUCCGUCGACACCGUGCCGAAGGUCGCAGCAUCUUUUGUUGCGCAGUAG